AUGAAUAUCAUCACCAUGGCGAGUGUUGCCCUGCAGGUGGCAGUGAACAUUAUUCAGAUUGCGCUGAUUGGAUUUGGCGUUGAGAGUGCCUCGGGAGUCGAGCUUGCUGUCGCCAUCGUUGGGAUUGUCAUGACCGUUCUCGAUCAUCUUACAUACCCUCCGUCCGAGGACUACAUGAACAGCAAAGUCAAGACAAUGACCAAGGAUUUGAACGUGCGACCUCCGGCGCUCCUAACAUACGAAGUAUACGAAGUCAGUCCCAACAUUGCGCUCAAUUUCAACUUCUCGCGGAUUGAAAUCACCAUCAGCAGCAAGGCCGAAUUCUCCCUCAAGUUCAAGUCUCUCAAUGUCCGUCUGGAGGUUGGUGAUACUGCGACAGCCAUGUUCAAGAAACCCCAAGUUGGCGAUGACAAGUCACGGCGAACAAGAUCGACUAUGUUGCACCGAAGGACAGAUUCAACAUGA